UAAAAAAAACCUAUACACUACAAUCGACAACUCUGAUAACACGUUGAUAUAUACAAGUUUAAUAGCGAUAUAUUAUCAGAAAAAUACUAAUCAGUGUGAUAAUAUUAAUUUGGGGGAUUUAUAAUAAUUAGAACCAAAUGUUAAUCGUCUGCUUUUAAAGAUGGCGGUUCGACCUUUGUCUCCGGAAUUGGCGGAAAAAGCACGUUUAGAACUAAACGAAGAUCCUAAAAAACUUGAAGAUGGAAUACAACAUCUCAAGGAAUGGAUUGUUAAGCAGCCACACUUACGUGCCAGAACCGAUGAUCAAUGGUUGGCUACAUUUCUGAGGGGAUGCAAAUUUAGUCUUGAGCGAGCAAAAGAGAAAAUUGAUCUAAAUUACUCAUCGAGGAGUACUGCCCCCGAACUUUAUACUAUAAACCACAGAAAUCCUAAGUUUAAAGAGAUUUUGAAUUUAGGCUCCGGUCUCGUUUUACCCAAAUCACUGAAGCCCACAGAUCCAAGAGUAAUAUUAAUUAGGCCGGGUGCAUAUGAUCCCGCCAAAUAUUCUCUGACUGAUAUUAUGUCAGUUAUGGGUACUAUAAUGCGGAUAAUGUAUGUAGAAGACGAUGCGUUUGUGGUGUGCGGCGGGGUAAAUAUAAUGGAUUUACAGGGAGCGACUAUGGCUCAUGCUGCACAGGCCUCGCCGGCUAUGAUGAAGAAAAUGGCUGUUCUUGGCCAGGAUGCUGCCCCCACUCGCAUAAAAGGUUCUCAUUAUUUAAACACACCUCCAGGGUUCGAAACUAUUCUCAACAUCGGUAAAUCAUUCCUCAACGAAAAGAACAGAAACAGGUUGCACGUGCACAACAAAGAUUUCGAAUCGCUAUAUAAGCACGUGCCUCAAGAGGUCCUACCCGCGGAGUACGGAGGACACGGAGGGACUUUCCAGGAAAUUAUAGAUUACUGGCAGAGGAAGGUCGAAGAGUACAGCGACUGGCUCGACGAGGACCUGAAGUACGGCACGGACGAAGCCAAGCGGCCCGGAAAACCCAAAACAGCCCAGGACAUGUUCGGCAUUGAUGGCUCCUUCAGGCAAUUGGAAUUCGAUUAAACAUCUCAUUGCCAUUUAACCAUGGGCCCUUGCUUCGUUUUCGAGUGCAAAAUUGGCAAGCUCGUGGUCUGGAUUCGGCCUGCAGUAUGCCAAAGUAGCAAUGCGCCAAAGAGAAUUUUAUUAAACUGAAACUACGAGACACACAUGUGGAAGACACUGUAUAAGCUGCUAAGCUACGCUGUAUAAUUUUUUUAGUUUUUACCUGCAUUGGAAAAACCAUGCAGAGACAAUAUGUUCGAAAUUGGAUAGAUUUGUGUUUGCCUUGAGAAAACUUAUUAAAACAGUCUCGACAGAAGCUGCAAUUACAGCCUACUACCGCCAUGUGUCUUCUACUUUAAACUACGGUCUCCUACUCUGGGGGAACUCUGUACAUGUCGAGGAAGCUUUUAAACUACAAAAAAAUGCGUCCGCGUAACCGCAAAUGCAUGGAUAACAGCCA